UCCUCUUUUAAAUUCUUGUUCUUUUAUUAUUUGUGUUAGUUUAUAAGCUCUCGUUUUUUUUUCUGGUUAGUUAAAUUUAUUUUGUGUUGCAUUUUUUUGGUUUGUGUUACAUUCGAAUUCCGCAACCUAUUGUUAAAGUAAACAACUUUAAAUUGCUUAGAGAAUAUGCACAAUCAUCAACUCACAUUUUUCAGUAUAACUUUUGCUUGCUAAUUGAUGAGAUUAUUGGAGUUAUUUACAUCGUAAUGUAUUUAGCUAAAAUUUGUCUCUACUUUUUGUUUUGUAAUCAAUUAUUAGUGUCUCCACUUGGUAAGGUUGCUGUAAUUCGUGCAAAACUUUUUUCUUCUGGUAGGCUAUAGGAAUUUGUAAUUCAUUCCAUCUAUGGAAACUGAUAAGUGGGCAAGUUUUAUGGAAGGAACUAGUGAUUCUGAAGGUUAUGGGGAGGAUCUUGAUGAUGAUGACAUUUGCUGUGCAUAUGCAUCCACCGAUAUACCCCAGUUGCAGUUCAGGAAAGAUAUUUCAAGAUCACGGUGGCUUGACCAGUUUGGUAUGGCUGAGGUUGUGGAGAGGAAGGGUGGAUUGUGGACAACUACUGGGAUAGUUCGUAAUGGCAAGAUAUACUGCUUCAUUGAAGAGAUUUUAUAUCUUGCUGAAAUUGGGGCUCUGCAUCUCUUCGGUAAUGAUGACACACCCCUUUCUCUGGAACACAUAUACAGCAAGGUUGCAGAAGGAAAAAGUGGAUGUUCCUUGGAAUACUUUGAAGCAUAUAAGCACUUGAAAUCUCUUGGUUAUAUAGUCGGGCGUCAUGGUAUUCCUUGGUCAGUGAGAAGGUCAAAAGUAAAUUGUGCUAUUAACCAAGACUCGCUGGAGACUGCUCAAACUGGAGAUGAAGAAUCAAGAAACAAUGUUCUCAUCUCUGAAAUGUUUAGUAACAUGCAAAUUGGUGGUCUGAGACUGGCUUUUGACGUUUACCCUCCUAAUAGCAGAUUCAGAAAGUCUGCUCCUGGUGAUCCCUAUUUUGUACUUUGCCUUGCUAGUGAGUAUCCACCUUCCAAAGAAGAAAUCGAAGAUCUUGAGAGACAUUCUCAUGGUAUUCCUUUGAAAUUCUGUCUGGUUGAGCAUGGGCGUGUAAGCUUUUUCUCAUUCAACAAAGUUGAGCUUCCUAUCCUUUCAUGAUCCCUUCGAGCAACAACAACAGCAACAACAACCCAGUAAAAUCCUACGAGUGGGGUAGUGUGUACGCAGACCUUACCCCUACACUGAGAGAGUAGAGAGGCUGUUUCCGAUAGACCCUCGGCUUUCAUGAUCCCUUCGAGCAUUGAAUGCAAAUCUUGGCAUGCCCUGAGAAGAGCUAAGGUACAAUUAUGGAUUUUAGGUUUGUGGAUUGAUGUUUCACCAUUGUGUAAUUGCAACACAUUAUUCAGACAAAAAGUAUGUUUGACUGAUGAAGGUGGACCUUGUCUCCUAUGUUAUACAAGUCUUAUGAUCUUAUCUUCUCUUCCCUCAAUGUUGUUAAAGCUGAAGGUUGAUACUAAAUGUUAUUGCUUAAUGCU